AUGAGUGAUUAAGGUAUAUUAAAUUUCUGCAUAACUAGAAGUUUAAAAUGAAGCGCCUAUAUAGAAUUAGCCAAAGGAAAACUAAAGAGGUUUCAUUCAUCUAUCAAGUUUAGUGAAUUAAGUAUGAAGUUUAUGAUAUAAAAAUUAGAUGAUUGGAUAAGGUAAAGAAGAUCCUGGAGAUUUAGUAGAAUUUAGUGUGCAUGGCAAACUAUUAUCUGUAUUUGAAAAUGUUAUUAAAUUUAGUACACUAAAAAGUCUUUUAAUUUAUUCGAUGCAGAGAACAAAAUUAGAUUAUGGGCAAUUUGGAUGGUUGAAUGGAUGUAUAAUAUCGAUUAAAUUCAUAUUAGUUGGUUUGAUAGAUUCAUCAUUACUGUAAUUUUAUUAAAUUCGAUUUUAUUGGCUAUAUAAGACUAUAGUUGGAGAGAGACAAAUUCAGAGGCACCGAAUAAUUGGACAGACAGCUUCGAUUACAUAUUUACAGCAAUAUUUAUUAUAGAGUUCUUUCUUAAGGUAAUUGCUAUGGGGUUUUUACUUGAUAAAUAGACAUAUUUAAGAGAUGGAUGGAACUUUAUUGAUUUUAUUGUUGUAAUAACAGGAAUUAUUUCACUUUUUAUUUCUGCUAGAGUUUCAGCAAUUCGAAUCGUAAGAAUAAUGAGACCACUUAGAUCUAUAAAUUCAUUGAAGGAGAUGAAAGUUCUAAUCAUAACAUUAUUAGAUUCUUUGCCUGCUUUGGGUAAUGUAGUUAUAUUUUUACUAUUUAUUAUAAUCCUUUUUGGAAUAUUAGGAUUAUAAAUAUUUAUGGGAGCUUUAGAAAAUAGAUGUAGGUUGACAGAAUAUCCUGUUGGAAAUAUUUGGAAGGCAUCAAAUUAUUAAAAAUUAUGUUAAGAUUCUUCAAAUUGUCCAGAAGGAACAUAUUGUGGUAAUCCAAAUACUUAUAAUUUACCUUAAUAAGAAUCAGAUGAUGAAAACUUCAAUUUUGGUUAUACAAAUUUUAAUAAUAUUAUUUCAGCUACAUUUACUAUUUUUUAAGCAUUAACAACUGAAGGUUGGACAAAGUUAAUCUUUAUUUAUUAAGAAGCCUUGUCUACAACUAUAGUUUACAUAUAUUUUUUAUUACUAAUUUUCUUGGGAUCUUUCUUUGUUGUAAAUUUAAUAUUAGCAGUCAUUAAUGAUAGUUUUAUGGCUGCUUAAAUGAGAUCAAGUUUUAAAAAUUCAUAAGCAUCAGCUUCAUCUUUACCUUAAGAAGAAUAAGAUGAGGAAGGUGAAUAGAAUUAGGAAGGAGAUUAAUAAAUUGAUCCAGUAGCUUUGACUAGUAAUAUUAAUAAUGGAGAUUAAACUUAAAACCAUCAAUUAGAACAUGAACAUUAAAUAAAUAAUCAAAAUUAAUAAAAUAUCAAUGAUAUAAAUGCAAUAAAAAAUUAAGGUAAUCAAAAUAUCGUCGAAUAAUAAUAAUAAGUUUCUAAAAGUAAUACUUUAGAACAAGUUAAUUAACCACGUAGAUUAUCAUCAAAAUAAAGACUUUCUAAAUCAAAAUUAACUAAAUUUAGAGAAUUUUAAAUGGUUUUAAUAGUCAUUAUAGAAAAUAAGUACUUUUUUAUAAUAAUAAAGGUAUUUUCUGGUUUUCAUCACCUCCAUAAUAAUACUAAAUACAUUAACUUUAUCAUUAGAUAGAUAUCCAAUUUCUAAAACUGAAUAUGAUAUAUUAGAUGUAGCUAAUUAGAUAUUUACUGUCAUUUUUACAAUAGAAAUGGUAUUGAAAUUAAUAGCAUUUGAUACAAAUUAUUUGAAAGAUUCAAUGAAUAUUUUUGAUGCAGUAAUAGUAAUUCUAUCAUUAAUUGAAUGGAUUCUUAGUAGUGCUGGUAAUAAUUCAAGUGGAGGAAGUUUCUCUGCUAUUUAAGCAUUUAGAACACUUAGAUUGUUUAGAUUAUUUAAAUUAGCACGUACAUGGAAUAGUUUUAGAAAAUUAUUAACUGCUAUUGCAGCCACUAUAAGUGGAAUAGCUUAUUUUAUUAUUCUUUUAUUAUUAUUUAUGUCUGUUGCAGCUCUUUUAGGAAUGGAAUUAUUUGCUUAUAAAACACCAUAUCGAUAUAAUUUUAAUAAUUAUUUGUCAUCUAUGUUAGUAGUAUUUAUGCUAUUAACAAAUGAGUCUUGGAAUACUAUUGCUUAUACGUUUAUGUAUGAUUUAGAAUCUAUAUAUCCAGUUAUUUAUUUUGUAGUAGUAAUUAUAUUUGGUAAUUUCAUUCUACUUAAGUUAUUUAUUGCUAUUCUGAUAAAUAAUUUUCAUGAAGCUAAUCUUGAUUCUAUGUCAGCUGUUGAAGAAAAUCAUAUUCAACAUUCCAGUAGACAUGAUUAAUCUAUUGGAGAUAAUUAAUAAAGUAUAAAAAUAAAUCAAGUAUCACCAGAAUAGAUUCAAUAAUCAUUUUAAGUUAUAAAAUCUGCAUCUAAUUAAUAAACCAAUAAUAAUUCAGCUACAAGAUUUAAGAAUUUAUCAUAAUAAUUUAUGGCAUCAGCAAUAAUUUUAAAUAGUACAAACAAUUAAUCAUUAUUAGAAGGAGUUUCUUUAUUUAUAUUUCCACCUUAAAGUAAAAUUAGAUUUUAAGUUAAUAAAUUAAUAAAUCAUAAGUAUUUUGAGUUAUUUAUUUUAACUAUUAUUAUAAUCUCAAGUAUUUUAUUAGCAUUAGAUGAUCCUCUUUCAUCAUCUAAUAAUAGAGCUCUUAAUGUUGUGGAUGAGAUUAUUACAGCUUUGUUUAUUUUCGAAGCUAUAUUAAAAAUAAUUAGUAAGGGAUUUAUUAUCAAUGGGCCUGAAAGUUAUCUCAGAUCUGCAGGAAAUAUAUUAGAUCUCAUAGUUAUUAUUUUUUCUUCUUUAGCUUUUGAUGAAAAUUAAGCAUAAACCUUUUCAAAAAUAAAGAUCUUAAGAGUUAUUAGAGUGUUAAGACCACUUAGAUUGAUUGUCAGAAAUGAAGAUUUAAAAAUGUCUAUAAAUGCUUUAUUCAAUAGUUUAUCUUAGAUGAUGAAUAUUGCUUUAGUUUGUCUAAUUUUCUUUUUGUUAUUUGGAAUAUUUGGUGUUAACUAAUUUAAAGGAGCCUAUUAUUAUUGUGAUAUAUAUGAAGUUAAUGAUAAAUUAGAAUGUUUUGAUAAUGGUGGAUCAUGGGUUAAUAAGAAUUUUAAUUUUGAUAAUGUUUUAAAUGCUAUGAUUACUUUAUUUGUAAUAUCAACAACAGAAGGAUGGAUUAAUUUAAUGUCUGAUGGAAUUGAUAGUAGAGGUAUUAAUCUGAAUCCAAAAGAAAAUAAUGCAUAUGGAUGGGCAUGUUAUUUUGUUUUUUUUAUUAUUGUUGGUUCAUUUUUUAUAAUUAAUUUAUUUGCUGGAGUUAUUGUUGAAGCAUUUUAAAGUGAAAAAGAUAGAUUAAGUUAAAUGAGAGACUUAACAAAAUAAGAAUUAGAAUGGUAUGAAAUAUAAAAAAAGAUUUAUUCAAGUACUCCUAUAGAGAAAUUUAAAAUAUCAAAACAUAAAUUUAUAAGAAAACUCAAUGAAUUUAUAUCUAGUGAUAAAUUUGAGAUUUUUAUUUUGAGUGUAAUAAUUUUAAAUACUUGUGUUAUGAUGAUUUAAUAUUUGAGAUCACCAAAAGAAUUGUCAGAUGCUAUUUAAAUAUUAAAUUGGAUAUUUUUGGCUAUAUUUUCAAUAGAAGCAAUACUUAAAUUAAUAGUAUAUAGAAAGUUUUAUUUUACAUCUGGUUGGAAUGUAUUUGAUUUUACAGUUGUUCUUUUAACAUUAUUAGGAGUGUUAUUAGAAUAAAGUAAUGUAUUAAGUAAUGUUGGAACAGCAACAUCUAUUUUAAGAACAUUUAGAAUUUUUAGAGUAUUGAGAUUAAUAAAAAGUGCUAAGAAUUUAAGAAUAAUAUUUGGAACAUUUCUUGUAACAUUACCUGGUUUAGUGAGUGUAGGAGGUUUAUUAGGAAUUAUGUUAUUUAUUUUUGCUGUUAUUUUUAUGAAUUUAUUUCCAUAUGUAAAAAGAAGUGAAGGUGUUACUGAAAAUUCUAAUUUUAGUUCUUUUGAAAUUAGCUUAUUCACAUUAUUUAAAUGUUCAACUGGAGAAGAUUGGAACUUAGUUAUGAUGGAUACUGCUAGAAUUUCAUAACCUAAUGAUAUAUGUUUUGAUUUUAAUGAUUAUGCAAGUUAUUUUGAAUAUGGAUUUAUGGGUUGUGGUAAUCCUGCUGGAAUUGUAUUAAUGAUUGUAUUCAUGAUAAUUGUUUCUUUAAUUAUGUUGAAUCUAUUUGUUGCUAUUAUUAUUGAAGUAAAUAUCAAUUAAAUUAAUAUUGUAGGGAUUCUAAAAUACUAGUAAAGAAGAAAAUGCUCCAAUUAAAAAGUUAGAUGUAGAAAACUUUUAAUAAUUAUGGAAAGAUUAUGAUAAAGAUGCUACUGGUUUUAUACAAUGUAAAUAUUUCACAUAAUUUAUGAUUUCUUUACCAUAACCAUUAGGAGUAUUUAUAUAGUUUUAUAUUUAUUUUAGUGGUAAAAAUUGAAAUAUUCAGCAGCUCAAUAAAGAUUAAGAAUGGCUUAAUUGAAUUUACCUGUUUAUAAUUUGAAUGGCAAAAAUAAAUAUUAUUAUUAUCAGGCACUUAUUUGUGUAGCUUAAGAUUUCUUAGAAUCAAGUGGAUUUAUAUCUAAGUAAAAAUGUUUAUAUUUUUAGCUUUGAGAUCUCUAAAGAUAUUGUUAAAUAAAAAUUGCAUCCAUUAAUUGAAAAAGCAUUCUCUCAAGUAUCAAAUUUAGAAACUGAAUUUGAUAGUGGCUAAUUUAUGGCUGCUGUUUUAAUAUAACAGAAUGCUAGGAGAGGUUUUCAAAGAUUAAAAAAAUAAAAAACUUCACUAAUUUAACCUUAAUAUACUAAUGAUGAUGAAGUGUAAUAAUUCGUUGCUUGAUGAUAUAAAAUUUAUAUUUUUAUUCAAUGUUCU